CCUGCAGGCCCUAAGAUCAUUCGCUUUUGCUCCGUACUUUUAGACCAGAGACCAUGUCCACCUUUCCUCCUGGACGGCCGAAACUACGGAUUUCGUAGUCUUUCUCGGCGUCGCUACUAACCACCGAUCCUAUGCAAUGACGCCUGCAUUGUCACACCAUUCGCGAUCGUCAUUGGCCUGCUACGAACCUGCGACCGGCUCCGGGAUCCUGGGAUAUGCAAGGGGAUGCCAAAUGGCUUCGAGCCGUUUUCUAAGAAUAAAUCCUCUCGAACGGCCAGUCCCGUCUUUCAGAUUACCUAGCGAGCCCGGUUUCAUUUCCUUCUUAUCCGGUCUUAUCAGUCGGGUUGUCCUUGCCGUCGGUUUCAUAUUGCAAAUAUAUGUUCGAUCGUCGCGCCCCCUGCUGCUCUGCCUUGCGAGUCCUUUUCGACCGUUUUUCUUUCGUGUCCCUCCCUGCGUAACUCCUCCGUACGACGCAGAAUUCCUGCUCUUCCUGACUUCUUUGUUCUCCGCUCCCUUGCUCCCCUACGCACUGUCGAUCGGCCCAUACUUCGUCGCCAAGAACAACCCCCGCACCGCCGAAGCUCUUGGUCCUGCAGUGUACGGGACUAGGCGGCGGAGUCACCAACUAAACAGCUCCUUUCACACCCCGCGCCUCGCGUCAUGGUUUAGACCGGUGAUGAGCUUCCUCGGCCUGCAUGCUUGGGCAAUAUGGGUUAUCCGGGUCAACAGACGCCGAUUGCGACCGACCGCUACUUGGUCGGAAGUCGAAUCACGUCGCGGAAUCAAUCAUCGAGGGUUUAUUUUUAUCAACGAGAUCUAAAAAUACAAUCCGAAGAGAGGCACAUCACACCACGGUUGCCAAUCA